ACUUGUGGUAACAUAAGCAGUGGGACGUGUGGUGAGUCUUCACUAUAUUUAGUGCAGCUACACACACAUGUGCCUGCAUUGCUCAUAUUCUGAAAGCACAUGGGCUUUAAAACGUCAGCAUUAAGCUUGGAUAUACAGAGUGUAGAUGUAAAUAAGAGGAUGUGUUAGCAAAUGCAAGCAUGUUCUUCUACUGAGGUUUACAUUGGUGAGUCAUAUUUUAUGUUUGAGCAAUAUUUUGAUAAAAGCAUUUAUAUUAAAAAUCUAUUUUUUCACCCAUACCAAAUAACUGCAAUUCACCUGCAACUUCCGAGUUUUUCAUUUAUUUCAAACAUGUGUUUUUUUCUCACAUUUUUGCUAUACUGAUAACUGUUAUCAUAAACGCUCUCAUUCACUCUCUCACUAGAACUUUGUACCACAGACCACAUCGAUCUGAUUGGUCUGUAAGUGACCAAUAAGCUUUCUUUGUAUUCAAGGAUCAAUCAAACGUAACCAAGCAAGUGAACCUUGCGAUCAGUCACUCUUGACACAGGACAGCUGUACUGUAAGUUCAUCAUGAACAGAGCAUGGACUAUGUUCAAGUCUCAUCCAUACAUCUCCAAUGUGGUGGGAUACACAGCGCUGUUUGCCACAGCAGACCUCAUUCAGCAAAGCAUGAUGGGAAAAUCAUUGAUAAAAGAGACAGUGAACAAGCAAGAUCACGAUCACCCAGAUAAAGAAAUAUUAGGAGCAGUACAACACAAUCCACAUCCUCACUGCAUUGACUGGUCCCAGACUGCUCGGGUGGCACUGGUUGGGUUCUGUUUCCAUGCCAACUUCAAUUACCAUUGGUUACGAGCAUUAGAAAAGAUGUUUCCAGGGGGCGGGACCAAAAGAAUAUCCAUUAAAGUGUUUCUGGACCAACUAAUUGCAGCACCUACAACUAUAAGUGCUUUUUACAUUGGUUUGAGUACACUAGAAGGUGCAGAAGAUCCUUUUAAAGACUGGAGAAAUAAAUUUUGGACUUCUUAUAAGACUGGAGUGGUGUACUGGUCAACAAUGCAGGCUGUGAAUUUCUCCCUGGUCCCACCAGUGGCUCGUACUGUCUAUGUUGGAGGAGUCGCUCUUGUCUGGACUGUGUUUCUCUGUCAUAUUAGGCAGCAGAAGACUGACUCUCUGAGCUAGUCUUUAUUCAGAUUUCUGAAUUAGAAAAGUACAGACCACAUACAGCAGCAAUAUAAAAUAUGAUGUGUCUUAAAAUGUUUUUUGGGCAGCUAUUUUUAAGGAGCAGGCAGGUUUAUAUUAAACUUUUUAUUAGUAUCAAUGUUAUAUUUUUGCAUGUUUUCUUUAGCAAAACCCUUUUUGAAUGGAUCUGGUUAGAGAGACCUAAUAAUGGGCUAAAAUGUAUUAUGCAUGUUUAUUAAAGUGUAAACUAUUUACAAAUCAUUCAAACAUCAGGGUGGCACAAUCUCAAAAAACAUGAGAUCCCUAAUGGGUGUUGUAAUAUACUUAAUUAUAUCUCCUUCAAGUGAAGAUAAUGUGUAUAUAUACAUAAAUAUAAAUAAAUGUAUGCAUUAAUUAUGCUGUAUAAGAGGCCUAAAGGGGAGUUAUUUAUAAUUCAGUAUACAGAAAAAGGUACAAAAGCUGUAAUUAGGUACAUUGUACAUUUUAGGUACCAAUAUGCCUUUGUGCAUAUUUAUUUUGUAAUAAUAUGCACCCUUUGGGUACAAAGAUGUACUUUUUAAAGGGUACCGCCCUAGUAACAGCUUUUAUAUCUUUAUUUCUGAUUUAUGA